UUGAUCAACGACGCCCUUGAAAGGCCAUUUUCAUCGGCUCCGGAGUCCCUGGAACUCUCAUCCCCAAUCAAUUUCUACAAGGUAGUUCCAAGUCUCGACUCGGUGCUGUACGAGAAGAACCCAGAGAUCGGAGCUAAGCUUCGAUUCUUGGACAGGAUGGAGCAAACUCCUCUCCAAAGCCUGGGAAAUCUUGGACGGGUUGCUCAAAAAUAUGACCUACGGAAGGGUGUCAAGUUCCAGAGCCGCCGUGGUGGAGCUCAGUGGAAUGGCAGGUUGGGGAAGUGGUUUGUACAGAUCCUCAGCACGGCAAGCGGCGAAAUAUUUGAAGUCUCCGCGGAUUUCUUUACCACUGGUACUGGGUUGCUCAACGAAUAUAAGUGGUCAUCUAUUCCGAAUCUUCAGAGCUUCAAGGCCAACUACUCCACACUGCAUGCUAGGAGGAAACAUUUGAAAGAGAGAUAA